CCGAGACAUCCCUGCAACUGCAGGCCAGCCAAAGAGCUGAUCAGCUGAAUGAGCUGGUAAAACUUUCAGUUUCUUUGGUGGGUUCUAGCAGGCCGGCCGUGUUCGUAACCCACGCGUGCGUUACGUUGCGUCUGAUCUCGAAGCACUUCGCGCUCAAUUUCGUUUCGAUUUUUUUUUAAGCCGAUUAUUCUGUGUUUGUUGUUGCUUGUUCUAUUUUUCAGUAUAUGCUCUUUGGUUUAUGGUUGUUCCGUCUGUCAUUCGUUGAGAGGUGCAGAUCAGGAAGCUCCGAGAUCUUAGGAGGAAUGCUCAUAUCAGAUAUUGUCAUAUAUCGAAAUACCUGAGUUAUGGUGAAAUGGCUAGAACCACAAAAAGAAACGGAACCACCCGACCGCCGUCUGAUGGGUUCUGUGAAGGUACCCAUCGGCAAUGGCGAGAUCACAGACGACCCCUUAGCGACCAUAGAUCAUUCGAACAAGCAUCAAAUUUAUUCAGUGAGCAGGUCAGUGAUGUUACCUAGAAUCUCAAUCAACAAGUCUUUCUCUGAAGGGGUGCCGUCUUAUUCUAAUUCUGGUGGAGGGGUGAAUCCUCUCUUCAAAGAGAAUAUGACUUACACAGGCACAUCAAAAAACGGGAGAAAAAACACCUAUAUGAACCGACAGCCGAGACAGAACUCGUACGUGUCAGGAGAUAAAUCUGGGUCAUCAGGGUACGGCAGUAGCAGAAUAAGCAGUUGCUUCGACCCACUAUACGAAAAGAUACCCAGAGACUCAGAUCGAGCUUUCAUCGUUCAGCAAAACCCAAACUUCGUCAAAUCAAUUCGAGUAUGCCAACAAAAAGCAACAAAAAACUCUGUGCCAUCAUCGGGAUCAGGCUCAUCCUCCGGGACCCUGAAUACCAUACCAGAAGGACAAGUCGACAUAAGCAGACCCAAAAACGUGUGGCCUGCCGAGGAAGAAAAGCGCUUGGAAAACUACGAUUCAAUUGUCGAUGACGCCCUCUUAUUGUACACGAGUUUGAGUUACAUGCCAGAAAUCGAGAAGAAUUCUCUUGGUGUUCAGAUUUCUGUGACGGAAUUGUUGGUCGACAUACUCAAACAUGUGAAUUCGGCUUUAGACGGUCAUACAGAUAAAACACCAGAAGACGUAUUGAAGACGGUGACGAACAAGAUCAGUAUGGGUUUGGAGGUUUUGAGGAACAGCACAGAGGAGGACAUGAGGAAGCUGUGCCUCAACUUGAAGAAUUGCAAGAAUGUCAAUUCGGUUUUGAGAGCGUUUGGUAACUCGAAUUCGUCUUCUACUUCCGGAGAAUGGAGCAGUAAGGCGAGGAGUUCCUCUUCCGAAAUGGACGACACUUACAACACUCAUUUUUCGACUCCUUCCAGCAGUGCUUUUAGUGAUUCCGUGAAAGAUCAUUCGGAUGGUAAUUUGAACUAUGACAGGGCCCAAAAUUUCGAUAAUUCGCAUAAAGUACUGGAUGGUGGUUCUUCGUUGAAACCUUGUUCGAUCAGGGCGGUGAAUGACGGAAAGCCCUCAGUUUGGGAACAGUAUUACGGUAUGAAAGCUGAUGAUGUGAAGCAGGUUCGAAACGUUGUGCCAAAACCUACCGAUGUGCCAAUUUUUCCGGGCGGAAGACCAGAAGCGGACUUCACCCUUGACGUCCCUCGUUCAGAACAUCUCUCAAAGAAGAUGAGAGAAGACAAGAAAUGGCGUUUUAGAUGUCGUGUUCUUACUGGGUUCCUCGGACUGGUGUUCUUCCUCCUUUCUGUGAUGGCUGUUAGUUUGAUGCUGACCAGAGGAAAGCGGAUGUUCGGCUCUAUGAUGUGAUAUUUUUGAAAUUACGAAUCACGCAAUUUCAGUUGCAAUUGAUAUACGUUUAAAGAUUAGAAAGCGAUCAAUAUAAAUUGAAAAUACAGGGUGGCCAUUUGAAAACGAAACAGACGAGAUUACAGACGAAAUAAAGUUUUUCG